UACAGAUACUGAUAAAAACAAAAAUUAAAUACAAAAAAAUAAAAAAAAACAUUAGUAAUCAAUGCUUCGGUAAAUCUAUAUCGACCGGAUGUUUCUGUAAUUAUACCUCAAAGAAUAUCUCAUUUUCUAUCGACUGAAGAAGACGUUUCAGACAUGAAGAAGUUAUGGGUGAACUGGCUCUUACUCCUUAUUUCAAUGGCAACAGCCGAAAAAUCAAACGAUACAAUAGGAAAUCUAACUGGCAAUGAAUUAAAUUGUACGACUCGCGAAUGUGUGAAGGAUAAUUUAGAAUUCGAACUGACUAUGUUAAAUAACAUCAACGCAAGCGUGAAUCCUUGUGAUGAUUUUUAUGAAUUCGCUUGUGGAAAUUUCGACAACGUUUCUGAUGAUAUUGUUCAGGGCACUAAACACACAAGAUUUUUACAAGCAAUGACAGAUAUGUUUCCGAAAAUGAAAAAUGUCGUAAUAGAAAGCCAUUCGUCAGAGUCAUUCAAACCGUUCAAUUUCCUCAAUGAUUAUUUGGCCUCUUGUAAAAGAUUGAACAUCAAUAAUAAUUUAUCCCACCCCGGAAUAAAGAAAGAGAAUCUGGAUUAUUUGAAAGAAAUUAUUUUUAAAUUUGGUGGUUGGCCAGUGGUAGAAGGCGAUAAAUGGAACGAAACUAAUGACAACUGGACUAAUUUUAUCGAUGAAGCAACGAACACUGAUUUUAUUAAUCAUCAUUUCUAUGGAUUACGUAGUGAAUCAGCAGACAACUAUACAGGGAUAUUUUUUGAGCCUAUGGACCUUGAAUUUUCAAGGGAAAAUAUAAGAAAUCACACAUACAUUCGAACGAUAAGCUCUUACCGCAAUUUUAUGGUCAAUGUAGCAAAUAUUUUGGGGGCGAAUAAUAAGACACAAGCUAAAAUAGAACUCUUGAGAUCACUGAUGUUUGAAGUCGAACUUGCUCAUGUAAGCACGAAAAAUAGUUCAUCACAAUCGAGUAAUGAUGAUUAUUUGCCUGGAUUCCCAGUAAAGAAAAUAAUAGAAAAGUGGCCAGACAUUGAUUGGGUUAAAUUGUUAAACACACAAUCUGAUUUGCCCAGUAAUUUAACAAAUGAAACAAUAAUUUUUAUAGGAAAUUAUGAUGAGGUAACAAAUUUAGAGAAUCUAGUAAAAAAUACUCCAGCAAGAGUGCGAGCAAAUUAUGCAAUGUGGAAGACGAUCCAAAAAUUGAUUCCAAUGGUCGAGUCUGCGUCCUUAUCUCGAUUGUGGCAAGAUUAUAAUAAAGUUAAGAACUCAUCAUAUGUUUAUGAGCCAGUUAAAUGUUCUAAGAAACUUGAAGAGAAUUUUCCAGAACUCAUGAUCGCUCUUUACGGGCGAAACUACCCAAUUGACAGACUUGCUAAAAUUCACAUUCAUCAGAUUAUUUCAUUCAUAAAACAACAAUUCUUCGAUACUCUGAAUAGGACAAAGUGGUUAGAUAUGAAGACAAGAGAUGAACUAUUCAAGCAAUUAAAAUCUUUGAAAAUUAUUACUGGCUACCCUGACGAAAUUAUGGAUGAUAGAAAAUUAGAAGAAUUCUUCCAAGGACUCAAUAUAACUCAAGAUGAUUUUCUGGAAAAUGUAGUAAAUCAAAAAAUAUUUAAUAAAAAAAAACUUUUUACUUUAAAUCAUAGACCACAAAACUCAAUUGGCUUUAUGGACAAUUUUAACGAGCUGAAAUUCUUUAUAGCUGAUGCUGUUGCCAAACAUGAUACGAAUUCGAUAGUCCUAGGUGUCGAAUUGCUGAGGAAUUUGUUCUUCAGUAUCCAUCGUCCGAAUUACGUUAAUCUUGCCGUACUCGGCGACAAACUUGCUCACGAAAUAGGGCAUUCUAUUGACAAUUCUUACGAUUUUUACGAAUCCACAGCAAAUGAUAGCAAAUGGAGUGAAUCGUCAAAGCAAGUGUAUCAUGAUAUACGAGAGUGUAUCGCCCAGCAGUACAGCAAUUAUUCUCGAAAAGUAACUGGAAAAGAAGUGGAUGGUGAAUUCUAUCUUAAAGAAAACCUCGCUGACAAUAUUGGCGUCCAAGUUGCUUAUUCAGCCUAUCAAGAUUGGGUCAAAACACAUGGACCUCAACCAACUUUCUCUAGCUUGCCGUACAACUCGAAUCAAUUGUUUUGGCUGUCAUUCGCUAAUCAAUGGUGCUCGCCGAAAUCAAGAUUACAAAACUGGAAACCAACUGAUGAGCAUCCUCCGGAUGCUCAUCGUGUUAUUAUACCACUUUUCAAUAGCCCAGAGUUUUCAAAAGAUUUCAAUUGUCCCUUGGGAUCUAACAUGAAUCCAGUGAAAAAAUGUAUUGUGUUCUGAUUAAAAUUAUCAGUCGUCACUUUUCUUCA